AUGCACAAUAAUGUUGAGUACCGUUACACAUUGUUUGCGACAAUGCCGAUGCAAUGGAAGGUGUUAGUGUUGAUGUUCUUAGCCAUAUUCUCUAAGGCCAGUGGUGGUGGCCGCAUGAAGCCGUGCUCAAGGGGAGGUAACGAAACAGCCGAAGAUGGGAUGAGCUACUGCUUGAGCUGGAGGGUAGGGGUAGAGACCAACAAUGUGCGUUGGUGGUGGACUGUCCCUCCUCGGUGCUUGCGCUACCUUGAAAAUUACAUGCUGGGUGGGCAGUACGAGAGGGACUUGAACUUGGUUAUGGAUCAGAUCUCUUCCUACCUUUCUGGAAUUGUGUUUUCCAAUGAUUCCAUGGAUGCUUGGAUUCUCGACAUUGAUGAUACUUGCCUUUCAAAUCUCCUCUAUUAUAGGGACGUCAAGCAUUUUGGGUGUGAUCCUUAUGAUCCAAUAUCUUUCAAGAAAUGGGCAAUGAAGGGAGGAUCUCCUGCAGUUCCUUCGGUUCUUGAAUUGUUCAGGAAGUUGGUUUCGAGUGGUUUUAAGGUUUUUCUUGUCACAGGCAGAGAUGAAGCAACGCUCAGCCAAGCUACCAUGGAUAACUUGCAUAACCAAGGAUACCUUGGUUAUGAGCGCUUGAUAAUGAGGAGUGAAGCUUACAAGGGACAAAGUGCAGUGGUGUUCAAGUCAGAAAUACGAAAAGAACUAGAGGGACAAGGCUAUAGGAUUUGGGGAAACGUUGGAGAUCAGUGGAGCGACCUUACUGGGGAUUGUUUGGGUGCUCGCACAUUUAAGCUUCCUAAUCCCAUGUAUUUCGUACCCUAAAAAAUGUAACCCAAA